UAUAAGUAUAUAUUAUAAAUACCAAAUAAAGUCAGUGACGGAUAUUGUUGCCGUCUGCACGCAGAUUUGCUGCCUCUUCAUACAUUUUUCAAGUAAGCUAUUUUUUUAUUGACUAACCUGAAAUUUAGUUUGUAAGAGAGAAAAAUGGCUGAACGUAAAGAAUAUGAAGAAGAUGAACGUAAAGUGUUAGAAAUCGCUUGUAAAAAAAAGGAGAAAGUCAGAUGUUUGUUGUCCAAUAUAAAGGAAAAAUUCAAGCAAAUAGUAGCUGAUAGUAAGUUAUUAACACAACCGUUUCCUAGAGAUUAUUUUCAGGUCAAUGAGAAGUUCGGCGUUUUACCGAAAAGAAACACGGUCUGAAGCUAAAAAUUUACGUUUGAAUUUGAAGUUGGAACAAGAAAAGAGCCUGUUAGGUCUACAACAAGUCAAUUAUUUUGUUGAUCAAGGCAUAAUACCUAAAUUGAAAGUCAAGGGAAUUUUAGAAGACAAAUUUGUAAAAACAUUGGUAAACCGCGAAUCGCAUCGAAGCAUAUUCCGUGGUUUAUUGGACGAAUUAUUGUCUAAAACGCAUCCGAAACAACAGCAACAGAAAUCGUCGAUCACAAAUAUGGAAGCCGACGUGCUUCAAAAACCGAACGAAACCGAAAUGUUUCUCAUCAGAGUGAAUAAAAUAUACUCUCCCCGGCAAUUCAACGCGCCAUAGACAAAUUAAGAAACCGUGUGAAUUUCAAAAAAAAUAUAACAACGACUAUCGAAAACAUACGUCAAGAAAAACUCACGAGUUUUGCUACCGACGACGAUCCCACGUUGAAGAACUAUAAGGAAUCUUCUAACCUGCCUGACGAACAAACGAUUUCGAUGGAAGAUAAAUUUGAAGCGUACAUGCGCGUCAUAGACAAGAUGGAUAACUCGAUAUCGGCUUUUAACGAAAUGGUUGUUCAUCUGAGAGAACGGAAAAUGAGUGUGAUACGCGAUUAUAAAUAUUUCAACUUGGACGUUGCAUUGAUAAACCAUGAACUGACGAUCCAAAAAUAAUGACCCCGUCAGAUUUUCCUGUUCAGCUGUUAGAGGAAGCCUUUACUGUAAGAAAAGAGUUUGUAUUUUAGCGUCGAAUCGCGUGUUUUGCAUAGUUCUAGUAAAUUAUUCUUAGAUGUACACACGUCAUGGAACUGUACUCUGGAAAAUACUAAUUAUUCAACCCACAAAUGUCAUUAAUUUUAUUAUUGUUAUUAUUAUUAUUAUUAUUACUAUCAUUAUGAUUAUAGUAAUUGUUAGUAUUAUUUCACUAUAAACAAUUGCAUAUUGAUAAAAAUAAUUAUAAUACUAAUAAUAAACCGUCCGGAAAGUCGACGCACAUUUUGCGCUGUGGGAAGACAUGUUGAAAAAACCCACUGGCUGACUCACGUUCAAUUAAUAACUGCGGGUACCUACUAAUAAAGUGUUUUGACAUAAUUUCGAUUUUCCUUAUAAUUAUUUUAAGAUAUUUAAUCAGACCCUACAGAUUAAUUUAAUUAAAAUACGUGAAUGAACUUAAAUCGAAUACAAUAUUUAACUAGGUUUUCUGUUGUCUAGUCAGCACUUGAUGUAACCCGUCGAAAAAUUGAAGAGCCCACAGGAUCGAAAAAAGGUUAUUUGUUUUUCGUAAUUUUCAAAUUCAUCAAUUAAUUUUAUUUAAAUUUAACUAGUUGUACAACUUAAUAUGACAUAAGAAACAAAAGACAUAAUCGAUGGUUCUUUUAAAUAAUAUUACAAAUAUUAUAGAGAAUGUACACUAUUAUUUUUUAGUCCGUUUACAUAUACAUUUGAUCUAGAACAGCGUCUCUCAUCCUUUUUUUCAUUCACAUAACUUCUUGACCUCUUGCCAUUGUAUUAUGUACCCCCAAUGGUCAAUUCGUCAAUUUUAACAUAAGAUUAAUAAGAAAUUACAUUAGAUCAGUUUUGCUGUGGCAAUAAAUAAAUCACAAGGUCGAAACUCGAAAAUUACAGCGAUCGAUGUAAGAAAAGAUUGUUAUGCACGUGGACAAUUUUAUGUGGCAUGCUCCAGAGUCAGUACGCACACAAGUUUAGUUAUUUUGGCACCAAAAGGUAAUACAUCAAAUGUAGUUUAUACAGAAGUUUUAUAGUAAAAUUGUUAUUUUUUAUUAUAUACCUAUUAAAGUUUUGUGGGUACACACGUUAUACAAUAUAUGAUAAAAGUACGUAUGUAUCGAUUUCAUAUCAUAGUCGACACAGCAGCACAGCUCCUUCUCCUUGAUUUCUCUAUGGACGUCGACAACUUAAAAAGUCUUAAAAAGUUUGAUUCCUCAGCAAGUUCCACUCAAAGGAGUUCAACACUCACAAUUUCUUUUCCGAGCAAUGCCGAACAAUUCAGUUGAUAUAUAUAGUCUAAUGGAAUAGGGUUUCACACGCAACGUAGUUUUUAUGGAUCCAGUUUUACUAUAGGUUGACUACGGAAUGUCUGAUAAUGAUCCAUCGCUGACACUUAAGGAGCUAGAGUUGAUCUUGCUGACAAAUAAUUCAUUACCUUGGCGUCCAUUAACUAUUUAUUAAUUUUAUUAUUAAUUGGCUAUCAUUUGUCGAACACGCGUGCAUCAUAUCGGCUGAUGCCAAGAAAAGUGCUGUUGCCUUAAACAAGCUGAUAUCAAAUGUCGAUAUCCCGUCUUAACAUAGACUUGAAUGACUCAUGGUUGUAGUCCAUAAUGGGCUACUCUGCGGAGCUCAAGUGUGGGAAAAUGGUUUAAGCAAAACCAAGAAAUUAAAGAGGCUCCUAUUACAGGCAUAGAUUGCGCUACCCUUAGAGUAGCACGGUGUUAUCGAAUAUUGUCGGACAUGGCAGUCCUAGUUCUGGCAUGGAUGCCGCCAGAUUUUCUCCUCAUACUUGAUCGAAGAAAAAUUUGCUAGUUGAGAAAUAUGUUAAUCGUAUGCAAAUUGACGGAACGCCAAGUGAUACUCAGACAAUGGCAGUAAGUUUGGGAAACAACAACAAAGAUAUUAUGAACUAUACGGCUAAUCCUGGAUCUGAUUAAGUGGUGGUAUCGAGGUCCUAAAAACAUCAGCUUUCAUGUAACGCAGGCCAUUACUGGACAUAGCUGCUUCUAAAAAUAUCUAUGGUUCAAGGCCAGAGCAGAGGCGUUCUCAUGUGUUCACUUCGAGGCACCUAUCGAUACCGUAGAACACACUUUCGAUUGUCCAUUUGGGGUGACUCAAGAGCUGAGCUGGCGUCAUCGAUUGGCAGAAAACCGCAUCCAGUUGAUGUACCCGAUAUUCUUUACCUACCAUUAACGGAAGGACUACUGAAUGAUCCAGUAUUGUGGCAGAGCUACAUACAAUAAGAAGCGCUUUUGCGCCGUGGUAGAAAUCAUGGGGCAAAAAGAGCUCUCAGAGUGCAAAAGCCAAAAUGCAAACCAAAACCAGCGAGACUGACUGUGCAGUUGCAAUUUAAAAUUCAUUAGUUUAGCUGUUGGUUGAUGGUCGCAAAAUGUAUAAUCUUUUAUUAUCAAAAUUUAAUGUACAUUUGUCCGUCGAUAAACGAAGUGUUUAAGGAGGCAGCCAUGGUAUGUCAUAUUUUCCUAUCUGUUCAUAAUACAAAUCAGAAUAAAGGCAGCUAUAUUAUAAAAACGUUGAAAAAAAAAUUAAUGCAAUUUCAAAGUU